GCGGCCUCGACGCACAUGCGCGCGCAAAGCACAGUUCAUGCGCAUGGCGAGGCCGUCUGGCAUUCAGCAGUACCAGCACGCCGCCGGGCCGAGCUCUGCAGGCACCAGACGGACGCAAGCAGACCCGGCCGCUUGCAGACCCACGGUGCUAACACCCACGCCCACGCACGCGCUCGGAGACGCUGGCCCCGCUGUGAGGACACGCGAUAUGAUGAGACGUGUUCCUGCGGCCACGGUCCGUAUUGUGUGCACGUGCUGUUCGUGAUGGUCAGGGUUCUGCAGGUCGCCGAGGCUGACCCAGUGCUGUUGGCCGGCUCGCUCAAGGAUUUCGAGGUCGAACAGCUGAUGAGGGCGUACGAGGAGCGGCUGAAGAAGGCGGUGCGGGCGCGGGAGCAGCGGCACAGCGGAGGGGCUGGGGGGUCGGGGGCGCAGUCCCCUGGGGGGCAAGGGGGCCGCUCCAGCCCCGCCACUCCCACGGGCGUGCCCUCCCCCCACCUGGACUCGGCUGCGAGCGACGAGGAGUCCCAGUGCCCGAUCUGCCUGAUGUGCAUGGUGGAGGGCGAGAGCUUGGUCAUGUGCGAGUCGGGAUGCCGGAACCUGCUGCACCACCACUGCAUGGCCGUCUGGGCAGCCGACCGCAAUGCCCAGGGACAUCCCCUCCUCUGCCCGCUCUGCAGGGCGCCCUGGCCACUCAAACACCACCCUCGCCUCACGCCCACCCCUGGGUCCACGCCCGUAACCCGCCCACAUCUCUCUACCUCGCCUCCAGUCGGCCGGACCCCGCCCCUGGCACCUGACUAUGCCUACCCGUUGAUGAGUGCCAGCUUCUCAGGAGUUUGCAAUAGCGGGCGCCAGAGUCCCCUAGGGUCCAGCCUCAUGUCCCGUUCGUUGUCUUCCGCUUAUCCGCACACCCAUUCCCCGUACACAGACUCGGCGUAUUCCUCACCUGCGGGAGGCUCUGGCUCAGGUGUCCUUGGCGCUGCGUAUCCGCCCACCGUCCGGGGGGAGGUAUCAGCGGCCAUCGCAGCGAGCACAUCCGAAGAAGCUGUCCCGCUGCCGAGAAGUGAGCCGAUUCCAGCGGAGCACGAGUCCACUGCAGCCAGCUGGGUACAGGUGUUUGGCAAGGAGCUUGUGGCUUGCCUUUUCUCCCGUGACUGGGCUGUCAGAGAAACUGGUCUGAGAAGACUUGCUCACGAGGUCGUGAAAGUCUUGCACUGGGACCGCCUAGUAACGGGAGAAGAGAAGAGACGGCAAGUUAUCCAUUGCUGCGCCAAUAUCCUGGCACAGGUGGCGAACGACCCCGUCUACAAAGUGUACCUGGCAUGUCUGCGGUGUGUCCGCGUGUUGCUCUCACACCUAAGUCCAUCGGCGGGGAGUGAGGUGACUUCACUGCAGGAGUUGUUCCGUCCACUCGUUCACACGCUUCUCCUGAAGUGUGCGGACGGGAACAGACGCACGUCACAGAUCAGCGUCGACUCAAUACUAGAGUUGUGUAGAGGCCAAGAAGGAGAGCUGGCGUUAGGCACCCAGGUGCAGGGGACUACACCCGGGCUGGGGGGAAUAUCUUACGUUCUCUCCUGCAUCCUAGACGACUCCCCGCCGUCGGAGGCUCCCUGGCAGUGGCUCCUGGGCCGCCUGUGUGUGCUGGAUCGCCUGGUCGACGAGUUUCCUUCCGAGUUUCAGUUGCAGUAUCUUCCUCUGCAGUCGUCAGAGUCGGGCUAUAAGCUACAGCAUUAUGACCGCCUGAUGACCGUGGUGGAGUUCGCGUUCAAGGCCCUCGGCAGCAGCCAUGCUACUGUCAGUAAGCUUGCGCGCCGGGUGUACAUCUGCGGGGCUCGCUUUGCCGCCGCAGAGCCUGCAGUGUUCCACCAAGUGUGUGACAUGCUUGCCAAGCUGGACGUCUCGCUGCAGAUGCGCCUGAAGAGGCGCUUACGCUCAAUGCAGGGACAGCACAGUGACCGCAAGGCAUCCCUGGCGCGCCUGGAGGGCAAGCUCAGUAUAGGAUCCUGGGACCUGGGAGACACGGCAGGGCCUCGCCUGGUCCGCUCUGUGUCACACUCGCCGUCUAGAAUGCUGUCAGCCCUAAGGUCCUCCUCGCAGUCCCCCGCUCGGCAGUCCUUCAUGUCUUCCAGCAAGGAUACGGACAGAGCAAGCAAGGGUCCCGCAGGACCGACGUCUUCCCCGCCGAGACCGACUCACCUGCCAUUAGACUGUUUUGAAUCAAAGUUCAAAGAAAAACAAGCAAAAUUACGAUUGUAUCAUAAAACAAGGCCAAAGCACGACAUCCCCUUUGUCGUGCAAAAUGUAUUAGUUUCUCCAGUACAACAGCAGCGUCUCCAGCGAUGGAGUCCCGUAAAGAUGGGCGGAAGCCUUCACAAAAGCGGCUUGUCACAGAGCCACGGCGAUGCGCUCGACGUGUCGCCUCAGACCCCCGUGAGUUCUGUAGCGCCGCCUCAGUUUUCCUUUAGAGAUGUUGUGAGUACUCCAGCCACGCCGACAGCACCGCACUGCACGCCUGUCAGGGAAACCGCCCCUUCGGUCAACCAAAGCGAGAUGAACGGUCAACAUGGUGGGGAUCCGUGGGCAGCCCAGGAAGCACCUUUACCCGUAAUCCCAGGCCUGGACCUGCUGCCAGCCCACCUCGACGAUGCCUUACACCCUUAUGAGCAGAAUGUGGAGGGUGGACAAUACGAGGAGGGCCGAGACUGGGUGAGAGGCCCUUUAUUAGGUACUGGUGCCUUCUCCUCGUGUUACCAAGCACGGGAUGUCCGAACAGGCACGCUCAUGGCAGUGAAGCAAGUCUCCUUCUGCCGUAACAGUGAAGAGGAACAGGAGCGAGUGGAGGCAUCUGUCGAGGAAGAGAUCCUAAUCAUGUCACGGCUCCGCCACACCAACAUCGUCAGGCUGCUCGGAGCUUCCAGACACUCGACGUCUUUCUCCGUGUUUACCGAGUGGAUGGCUGGGGGCUCCGUGGCCACGAUGCUCGACAAGUACGGCACGUUCUCCGAGCAGGUCAUCCUCAAGUACACAAAGCAAGUCCUAGCCGGUUUAGCCUAUCUACACGAUAAUAAGAUUUUGCACCGCGACCUUAAAGGUGCAAACCUCUUAGUGGACAGCACCGGCCAGUGGCUAAGAAUCGGAGACUUCGGAACGGCCGCUCGAAUGGCAAGCAAAUCUACAGUGACCGGGGAAUUCCAAGGACAGCUGCUAGGUACGAUUGCCUUCAUGGCUCCCGAGGUCCUACGAGGCGAGGACUACGGCCGGUCGUGUGACGUGUGGAGCGUCGGAUGCUGCGUUAUCGAAAUGGCGACCACCAAACCUCCGUGGGGGGCCGAUUACGUCUCCAACCAGCUCAAGCUCAUGUAUAAGAUUGCUACAAGUAACGGACCACCUACCGUACCUGAGACUUUGUCAGCCCCAACACGAGAUUUGGCUCUCCGCUGCCUGGAGAUCAAGAGUGAGAACCGACCGCCAGCUAAGGAGUUACUUCAACACCCGUGCUUCAAAACACAGCCGCCAUGACACGCACUCACACCAGAGGAUCACAAUCUGCAAGAGGAAAAAAAUUAAAUUUCAGUUUCGGCAUCUCAAGAAUUAUAGAACAAUGAUUGUAACGAACAAUCUAGCGGUUAAAUUAUUUAUAUUGUAUUUGCAGAGUAUGUUUAAAAAAGAAAAGAUUGCCAUAGAUAUUUGAUAUAAGAAAUCGUUCACGGCUUUGGCAAGUGAUACAAAGAACAAGUCUAAAAGAAAAAAGAUAAUUCAGAUUCAGAAAUUAGAAAUGCCAAAUCCAUUUUACUCCAUUUCAAUAUUUACCUCUGUGUGUCUUGAAAUUCUGAUAGUACAAAUUUUCACUAUAUAGGUUACUUUAGUUUCUUUUUUUAAUUCAAUAAUGAUUGGUUAAGCUCUUCUCUUUGACAAAAUCAGAUAGAUGUGAGCGGGCAGAGCAUAUAGAGCGUGGCAUGGGGUUGUCUAGCUCUAUAGUGUAUAUAUCAACAGUAUACACAUAGCUUAGUGUAUGUAGGUCGUAGACGGCUUCCUUCAGCGGUGCCUGUGACGCUGAGGACCGCACGAGCUCCGAAGAGGCACUGACUAGAGUGUCGUGCAUUGGAAGGGCUCUGCGGUGCCAGGGUGCAGGUACCUGGAGGGGUAGUGUCCUCUGGAAGGCGGAGUCGGGACCAUUCGUCCCUCAAGACUGGUCGACGAGGUGGCAGUAGUGCACUAAAUUUGUGUUUUAUUGGAAAAAAUCCCUUUCGACUGAGAUUUUUUUUUUUUUCUAUGUCAAAAUUUUAAGGAAAUACUAAAUGUGUUUGUAUGUUAUACGUCAGAUCAGCCUUGCUGGACUAGAAAAGCAAAUACAAAUAAUAAUCACAAUAAAUGGCUCCAUGAAUUUCUGAUCUCUCUUCGUUGGGGUAAUCAUAACAGCCUCUUGUGCCGGUGCUGUCAUCUCACCUCACAACAACCCUUGGAAUUCACCAUCGACACUUCCAAGAUUACUUUUUAUUACGUUUCUCUUAUAUAAAAAAAUACUGACCGAAGUGGGCGUGGCAGGUAAAGAGGACACAGCUGUCAAUCAGUCCUGUAACGGGAUAUUAUCAGCUUCCCAGAAACAACAGAGGAGUACGUGCGUCCCUUAUCUGCCAGGCCCACGAGUCCAACGCGUCAGAGACAUCGGCUGUUAAAAAAAACUCCGACUUUUGCCGUCAUUCUGUGAAAUUCCAUUGCAUUUGUAACACUUUACGAAGUGACUACAGAUCUCAGUGUAAUUUAGGGGACCAACUUAUCUUUUAUUAUUUAUGUAUGUUAUUUAAAUUAUUUCCGAUGUGUUUCCUUUUUACUUGUUACUCCUACUGAUAUCGUCCUGUCCCCAGUUUCUCAUACCUUUUGAUAUUUUUUCGAAAGUGUUCAGGUGCACCAUAAUUUGGUGAAGUAUAAAACCUUUUUUUUUUUAAUGUUACAUGUUAUUAUUUAAUUACUUAAAAAAAAACUUAUGUGUUCAAGAUCUAUUCUUUGACUGAGCUCAAAACAAUAAAGAUUCAGUCAAAGUAUAGGAUCCGUUUCAGCAACGGAGUCAACGGAAGAACAAAAUUAUUUCUAUUGGUUAAUCGAAAAAAAUAAUAAUAAAUAAAAGAUCGUGAUUGUUACAAGAAUAAUAUCACUUACUCAGACAACAAGGAACAAUGCUGUGAAUGGGACCAGCCAUGUAAAGUACCUGGGUCCAGUACUACAGAGGUAAAAGUGUGAGCUCACGGUAAACACCAACAUUCGUGAAAUCGCUUAGUCUUAUUUGCGCGAAAUUUUGAAUGAGCCGAAAGUGAGCUUGCAACAUUGCCUUGCAAAGUGACCCACGUUUGUUCUUCUAGUGUUUAAGAGUCGGCAGGGGGGACACGCACCCGGGCUGUGAUUGAAUGGGGAUUUUAAAUCAUAGUCUUACAGUAUGAUUUUUUUCUAGAAUUUUCUGGUAUGAUUAAAAUACUAGCCACAACAAAAACUCUUAAUUAUUAUUUUUUUCUUCUUCCAAAGUUCUUAUAUCACGAGGUCCGGGUGCUUGCCCUUUUUAAACGCAUGACUGAAUUUUAAAAUAAAAAUAAAAAAAGAGAUUGUACUUAGUGUGAGUCGGGGAUUAAUUAAAACAAUUGGAGAAACUCCCCACUAAUGGAAAUUUUAGGAAGAUUAAGGGGAAUAUAUAUAUUUAACCCUCUCAAGAACCAACCCACUGACAAAAAGUGCCUUCAUAUUCGAAAAAAAAAUUAAUUCACUUGAAAUUCUACGGAAAGGGGCUCUCAUACCAUCUAACAACAGUGUACAUUUUACACGAAACUGUAUUGUUACCUCAAAAAAUAACAAUAAAAUAAAUGAAUAAACAAACAAAAUAAACGAACACACAAGGAGUCUUUGAAAUCAGGUGAAAUCAGAACGAAUGACUGAGAGACCCUUUUUUAUCAUUAUUAUUCCCAGAAGCGGCCAAUUAUCCAGUUUUCGCAAAGGAAACAUGAGUAAAACAGGUGUUAAAAGGGGUAGUCUGGAAACGUGGUGGUGUCCCCUUAAACUCUUCUAGUUUUCUUUCAUUUUUUAAACGAUUUUUUGUACCUUUUUUUUAUUUAUUACACUUCUUUUCUACACUUUUUUUUUAAAUAUAAAUAGUUUAGAACCUUAACCACUCUCUCUCUCUCUCUCUCUAUCUCCCUCCUUGAUUAUUUUAUUUAGAUAUAUCUCUUUCUCGGUAACUGACGUAGAUAUUUGUGUUCGAUAUUUGUGUUCGAUUCUGAUCUAAAAGUACAAGUUAGUUUGUCCUGUUACCCAUCACCACGGGCCACGCCUCCCCCCCUAAACGGUCCUGUCUUAAAGGUGCCAAAAUGUACAGAGCACACAAUCCUAGUUUAAGUUAUUUUUCUACUGUUCACUGUUUGCAUUUCUUAUGUAAAACUUUUGUGAAUGUCUGGGACCAAGUUUGAGAAAGCCUUAAUGUCGGUAAUUUUUUUUUUUUUUUUUUUCGUAGUUGAUUUUGGUAGUUUUAAUAAAAAUAAAAGGAUU